AUGAAGAUCACACUGGUGCUAAUUGUAGUCGUCCUAGCGGCUGUCUUGGCAUUCCCCGGCAAGGACAGCGGUUCCAAGGAAAAGCACCACAAGCACCACGAACAUCACAAGCACCAUAAAGACCACAAAGACCACCACAAAGACCACCACAAGGGCCCCAAGGACCACAAGGACCACAAGGAUCACAAGGACCACAAGCACCACAAGCAUAGCAGCAGCUCUUCUUCAUCAUCAUCAUCAAGCUCUUCUGAAUCAAGUGAAGAGAAAAAGCAUGGCAAGACUCAUGUAACUGAGGCUACAACCAUGACUACCGAGGAAGGAACGACCACAUCUGACGAUUCUGAGGAAACAGUUAUUACUAAGAAAGGAAAAGGGGUGAUUGCAUCGUCUACAACCCCUUCACUUGAUGUGACAACAUCAGCGUGA